GACAAAGGCAAACGAGAUGAAGAACACAAACGCAAAGUUAAUAAUUACACUCGUUAUAGGGUUUCUCAUCCUCAUGAUGAUAAUCCGUCUUCCUCAUGCGCUUCAAGGUAGAAACAUCGAUGUAGGUGGAUCCAAAUAUGAAAACUAUGGUCUUAUGGUAAGCGGAAAUGAGCCUCUCUUGAUGGGACGAAAGUUGAAAAGUCUAGAGCCUAUCAAGUCCGAAACAAUGAAAAGAUCUACACAAGGUGUAGCCUCAAAAGAAAUUGAUAAUCUCAUGAGAAGCGACUAUCCUUCACGUAUGAAAGGAAGGAAAAGGACUCCAAUACAUAAUUGAUAUUUGAUGACAUAUACGGUCAUAUGCAUGUAGUUUAAGAAACGUAGAAGUUGAUCAUUA